CCAUGGUUCCUAACUGCCACCCGCCUAUUUGAGACAAGCACCUUGAUCCGUACUUCCUCGUCAAUCAACAAUCCAUAAAACCCUGCCAAAUCUCCCGAACUUAUUGUUGGUUUAGGUUACCUAAUGCAUGACCUUGCUUCUAAUCCCUUCUUCAUUCUCGCUGUCCUCGCACCACCCCCACCCGACUGUGCAAUCAAUGCCGUGCGGAAUGCAUAUUGUACAGUGUUCGGAAGGGAUGCUCCUCCUGAGGAAUGGGACAACCAACUCUUGCUUUGGAUUCGAGUCUGUUCUGCCGUCGGGGCGGAUCAUCACCUCGUCAAAGGCAUACGAAGGUUUUAUCCUUCCUUGCCUGAUCCCAGCCAGUGGGAUGUCGUUGGUCAUCUCCUUGAUCUACCACUGGCUUUGCAAGAAAACAAAGUUACAGCCUCGAAAACGAUUGGUGUCUUUGAAUUUAUGAGACGUCUUCAGAGCGAGGUUGAACUCCCAGAGCCAUAUCCAGGAGACACAGCAGAGAAUUCAAAUGCCAUACUGCACCGACGCGAACAGCUUGUCACUGCCAUUUGCCAUACCCUGCUGUCAUUUGUUGGAUUUAACGUUACCCCCGAGCACAAGACGUCAACGAACAAACUCAAAUUGUCAAAAGAUGCAACUAAAUGCUCAAGAUACCUUCCAUAUUCCAUCGAACCACUCGAGUUCGACUUUGUCGUACAGAUAAUGCGUGGCAAAGUUCCCGAUUCUCUAGCAUUGACAGUUCCUAAUGUCUGUACAUCAAUCAGCUGGAGGCAUGGUUCUAUGGAUCAAGCGAAUCAAGUCGUCUCAUGGGGCUUCAACUCUGCCUAUUUUCUUGAUGAACAUGUGGCAUUUCUUUCCCAGUUCGACAAGAUUGAGGACACGGGGUUCAAGAGCGCAACUCGGUUCAUGAAAUUUGUACAGAUGAUGCAUGAGAAUCUCUUGAAGCCUUUGUGGGAGAACAUCCAGGAAAAUUAUCCAGAUGUGGGCUCCACCGAUCCCCCUCCUGAGCCAAGUUCACAUCAAGAAUCUCUCGAGGAGACGAACUUGGAGAUGGACCUUCGGGAGGAGUGAGCGCCAGCCGAAAUACUGAAAUUUCCAGCGGAUUCCUCUUCAAGGUGGUGAUAUAACAAAAUUAAUAUACAUCUUACAGUCGGAAAUUUUGCUUGUACUAGUUAUUCAGAGGUACUAAAAUUAGGACAGAGACUAGUCUGAGAGCACGAAAGCGUCACUGACAUCUUGUAUGGAUCUGAGGGUGCUGUACUCGCCUCUUCCACCGGAGUACUAGAUAACGUGGGCAUUGGGGAGUACAGAGGCGAAAUAUUCCCGCCGUUGUAU